GACGCUGCCGUGUCCGCGGUCGCGAUGAACUGUCCGUUACUCGAAGACUUGAACUUGUGGGACUGCGACGGCGUCACCGACGAAUCCAUCAUCACGCUCGUUGAGCGAUGCCCCAAGAUCAACUAUCUACAGCUGCAAGGCACGUCGAUCACAUGUGCUGCUCUCGUUGCGCUGGCGGCCGGUGAGUGUCCGCUUCAUGACUUGGGGAUUGAGGGUUGUUCACAUGUGUCCGACGCUGGUGUGAUCGCGAUGGUA